GAUCACGACAAUCCAUCCCUUCCCAUCUGUGGAAGUAAAAUCUACUACAAAUCUCCAUUGCUUGAUCAAUCUCUCAAUUCUCAUCGUCGGUCAACCACAAUGUCUAAGCAGUCUUACAAGGUGUGUUUCUGCUUCCGCCGGAGGUUCCGGCUCGCCGCCACGGAAGCUCCGCCGACAAUCAAGGCGCUGUUUGAGCAAUACUCAGAAAACGGCAUCAUGAACGCGGAUCACCUACAUCGGUUCCUUGUUGAGGUUCAGAAACAAGAGAAAGCUACGGUGGAGGAUGCUCAAGUAAUUAUGCAUAGCACUAGUGAUAUCUUCCAUCGCAAGGGUUUCAAUCUCGAGACGUUCUUCAAGUACCUGUUUGGCGACUCUAAUCCGGCCUUUGAUCCGCAUCCUACGGUUCAUCAAGAUAUGAAUGCUCCAUUGUCUCACUAUUACAUAUUCACUGGGCACAAUUCCUAUUUAACUGGGAAUCAACUGAACAGCGAUUGUAGUGAUGUUCCAAUCAUUAAAGCACUGGAGAGGGGUGUAAGGGUUAUCGAGUUGGAUAUAUGGCCUAACUCCAACAAGGACGAUGUGGAUGUUCUUCAUGGAGGGACAUUGACUGCUCCGGUUGCACUGAGUAAGUGUUUAAGAUCUAUCAAGAAUCAUGCCUUCACUGCAUCCGAGUACCCUGUUGUAAUUACCCUAGAAGACCACCUUACUCCAGAUCUUCAGGCUAAAGUAGCUAAGAUGGUUACUGAAACAUUUGGGGAAAUACUAUUUACUCCUAAAACAGAGAGCUUAGCAGAAUUUCCAUCACCUGAAUCUUUAAAAAGAAGAGUCAUUAUAUCUACUAAACCUCCUAAAGAAUACCUUAAAGCAAAAGAAGCUAAGCCAAGUGGAAACAGUUCACAGAAAGAGAAGGAUUCAUCUGUUGAAGCUUGGGGUGGUGAAAUUCCCAGCUUUAAAUCCGGGAGUACUGCUGAAUAUAAGGAGGAUGUGUAUGAAGAAGAUGAUGAAGAGGAAGAUCUUCAAGGUGACAAUUGUGCCCCUGAAUAUAGAAGCAUUAUUGCUAUUCAUGCUGGAAAAGGGAAGGGUGGUUUAGACGAUUGGCUGAAAGUUGACCCUGAUAAAGUCAGACGUCUUAGUUUAAGUGAGCAAGAGCUUGAGAAAGCAGCAAAAACUCAUGGCCCACAAAUUGUCAGGUUUACCCAGAGGAAUGUUCUGAGGGUGUAUCCUAAAGGGAUACGAGUUGACUCAUCUAACUACAACCCACUCAUUGGGUGGAUGCAUGGAGCUCAGAUGGUGGCAUUUAAUAUGCAGGGGUAUGGAAGGUCAUUGUGGGUGAUGCAAGGAAUGUUCAGGGCGAAUGGUGGUUGUGGAUAUGUAAAGAAACCUGACAUUCUUAUGGGAUGUGAUCCACAUGGCAAUGUUUUUGAUCCUCGAGCUACAUUACCUGUCAAAAUCACUCUCAAGGUAACCGUGUAUAUGGGUGAAGGAUGGUAUUAUGAUUUUUCACAUACACAUUUUGAUGCGUACUCACCUCCAGAUUUCUACACAAGGGUUGGAAUUGCGGGAGUACCUGCUGAUACAAUAAUGAAGAGGACAAAGGCUAUUGAGGACAACUGGAUUCCGUCUUGGAAUGAAGAGUUUGAAUUCCCGUUAACAGUUCCGGAAUUGGCUCUCCUUCGGAUUGAGGUUCAUGAGUAUGACAUGUCAGAAAAGGAUGAUUUUGGUGGCCAAACAUGUUUGCCCAUUUCAGAACUUCGGAAAGGAAUCAGAGCUGUUCCGUUGUACAGCCAGAAAGGAGAGAAGUACAAGUCGGUGAAGCUGCUUAUGCAUUUUGACAUGGUUUAGUUUGUUUUAUGUGUCUCUGCUUUCCUUGUGUUUGUUGCCUGCCAUGUUGAUGAAGUUUUAUUGGGUGUAUAUGUUGUAUGUUAUCUGUUGAAGUUGAUUGUUUGCUAAAAAUAUGUGAAUAUUAUAUCUGAGAACCGACAAGUGCUGUGCUGUAAAA